CCACAGUCCAGCAACCACACAUCGACCUCCAUCUACCACAACCACCGCCAUGUUCAAAAAGUUCAGCGUAAAGGAGGACGUGUCUGGCUCGACGUCGCUCAAGUCGUCCGUGCAGCGCCACGUGCGCAACAGCUUGCUGGAGCAGCUCCCUCUCCUGUCGCAACCAGCUUACAAGGAAGGCGGAGAGACGGCGGCUCCACCAGCCGAGCCUGCCCCCGCUCCAGCCGCUGAGCCAGAGGAGGAGGAGGAGCCAGUGAAGGGCAAGGGCAAGGGCGGCAAGGGCGGCAAGAAGGGGGGCAAGGGCGGCAAGAAGGCGAAGAAGGAGGAGGUGCCGGCCCCCGCGGAAGACAAGGAGAUGCAGGUCCUCGACGAGCUGUGGCCCAAGAACGAGCCGCUCGGCAUCACCAAGUGCCACGAACGGAUAAACAUCUACACGGUCAGCUCGGUGCCCAUCUUCUUCAACCACUUCGACGGGCCGUUCAUGCCCACGCUGCGCGUGCUGCACCGCUACCCCGCGCUGCUGCCGCACGUGCAGAUUGACCGCGGCGCCAUCAAGUUUUUGCUUGCCGGCGCGCACAUGAUGGCCCCGGGGUUGCUGAGCAAGGGUGGCGUGCUGCCCGACGGGCUGGCAAAGGACGCCAUCGUCGCCAUCCACGCCGAGGGCAAAGAGCAUGCGUGCGGUAUCGGGCGAAUGAGCGCGAGCUCGGAAGAGAUCCGCAAGGCGGGCAAGGGUGUGGCCGUCGAGGUCGUGUGCUGGGUUGGUGACGACUUCUGGAAGCUCAAGGAGAUCGGCCUGUAGGCGUCAUAGAGUCGAGAUAUAGUCGAGCAUGGCAUGCGAUUCGGUCUCACCGAUAC